AGCCAUUCUCUCACUCUCUCUCUAUCCUUUCCAUUUGCUGUUUGUCUACCGGUAUCACCAUGGCGUCCUCUCCUGAUGCUGCAAAGGAUACGUCCGUCGAAGGUCGUCUCUCGACGGUGCGCAAGGCUGUCCGAAAAGCCACUGAAGAAGCCUUGCAGGAAGUGGCCUUGUCGACGGGAACCACGGAUGGCACUGGUCCACAAUUCGCCGAUCCCAAUGCCAGUUUCAACCUGGGGAUGGAGCUCUUUGGCCAGCCCCAAUCGGUGGUCCAGAAGAAUGUGCGGGAAAAGCUAGACGAAAUUGAGGGCGAGCUGCAAGAAGUGAAACAAGUGGUGUCAUCGCGUCAAUGGAAGAGCAAGACCGAAGACCAAGAGAACAUUGCCGAAAAUCCUGCCAACCAAGAAACCAAGGGAAAGACCAAGGAAGAGCUGCAAGCCGAAGCCAAGUUGCUUUCCAAAAAGAUUAGCUUUCUCCGACAAUGCAGUCUUGCUCGGUCACUCUUGGACGAAUCCAUGGCGCUGUCCAAGCCAGGGUUGGCACUCGACCCCAAGUGGAUUGAAUCGGCGCAAAAAUUGGCCAAGGCGGAGGACACCAUCGAAGAGGCACAGCAUUUGCUCACCAAAGAUGAAAAAUUGCAAGAUUCACCAGCACUGGUGGCGGGAUACAAAAUCAUUGAUUCCAUUCUCUCUUCCAUUCGACGAGAACGUGUCGAUUUGCUCGACAGAGCCAAGGUUAUGUUUGACAUUUGUGUCACUUUCACCGACCAAUCCAUCGAAGUUCGCGGAGCAGACGCUUCGUCGGAUUCUUCCAUUAGUGAAACGGAAAAUUCCAGUCUGGAAGAAGUCUAUGGAGUGCUGGAAGCUUUCUCGUCGGCGGAAGAGUCCAACUCUGCUUUGAAAGAAACCAUGCGCCGAUUCACUUCCAAAUUGUUUCGUCAGGUGCUAAAACCGGUGCUGGACAUGGCAAGCACUACCAAACCGGAUCCCGUACUAUCGCUGACAGACACAAGCGAGGAGGAAUCGGAGGAUAACGUCAAGAAAUUGGAAUGGACCUUUAAAGAAAACAUUGUCGAAAACAACACAACAUUUCACACGGGACGAAUUCGGGUCAAAGGAGCCGUUCUACGACUCACGUGGGAAAAACAUCAGAGUGUGGAGAAAAACGAUUCCAGCAACAAUAAAAAGAAACUUCAAAAGCAAGAAAUUGUAUUGGAAAACUGGAAACAGGCCUUGAACUUUCUCCACCGGACGUUGGAGUUUGUAUACGACAACGUUCUUCUUCAGAAUGACAUUUUGUGUCGGCAAGUGGGCAGCAAAUUGUUUGGGAAACCCAAUGCCAUGCCAGCCACUUUGAAUCUGGAAGCUUUAGGGCUGGAAAGCCGUAUGAUUGGUGGAAAUGACAACGGCAUUGUCAUGGAAAGCCUCGUGGACUCACUGGCCAAGACAUGUAUCCCCGAACGACUCAAACCAGACGAAAUGCCGCAACUGCAAGCAAUGGCGGAAGAGCUCCGUCGCAUUACGCUUCCCUUUGUUCAGACACUGGUGGAGAUGAAUUUUGUUACCCCGACAGACGAAACCAUUCCCGAUGGAAGCAAUGGUACGAGGUUAGAAGCCUUUUCCACCAACUUUGAACGAAAAUUCAUUGACAACCGCCGAUGCUUGAUUCUCAAUCAAGCACGUGCCAUCUUGCUGAAGAACGACUAUCACAAUACGGUGGUGACAGGAGUGGAUGUACAGUCCAAGAGGGAAAAGAAUGAAGUCCUGCGUGAAAUCUACAAGGGAUCCAAGGAAGAUGUGUUUGAGCUUCACAAGUGCAGCAUCUCGGAUACAGCGUUCAAACUUAUGGCGCUGGUAAGAGAAGCAAUGGACGAAUCCGUAGAGCACGCUGUGGCUCGUUCCGAAGAAGACAGAGAUACACCCAUGGCAAUCUUUCCAGCAACGCUCUAUCGUGCGGCCAGAGAAGCCCUGGACCUGUUUCGUGCCAUUAUUCAAGCCACGCAUGGCAAGGAGAUCGCAACAGUUCCACGUACCGCUGCAGUGUUCCACAACGACUGUGUAUACUUCCAACAUCAGUGCCUUUGGUUGGGUCUCGAGUACAAGAAGAAACUCCCCACAGCUCCGAAAGAACCCAACGAUGCUGCAUCGUUGUUCCAUGACACAUGCACCUUUCUCGAUAUGGUUCCUCUCUUUCGAGAACUUGCCGAUCGUUCCAUGAAGGAAAUGCUCGAGCUCCAAGCCCACCAAUUGAUUGAUAUUGUGGGAAAGCGGAUCACCAUCUUUGGAAAGUCUCUCCGAUCGGACGAGAUUCUGGCAGAGUGGUCGGAGGCAGAAACCGCAUUGGCUGCUGGAUUGUACCACAUUCGGCAUCUUUCGGAAAACUGGAACAUGAUUCUAUCACACGACAUCUUUGUCCGCUCCGUUGGGUACCUUGCUGACACUUUGUUUACAAUCUACCUGGAGCAAGUUACGAGCGCCUCUGAUAUCAGCGAAAGUGCUUGCCACUUUGUGAGUGCACUAUUUUCGAAGGCGACCAAUACUCUUGGAGGAUUUCUUGGAGGCGACAAGUCUGGUUCCGCUGUCUGGGGCCGUUUCGAGGCGAUUGGUCGCUUCAUGGACAUGACCCUGCUGGACAUUCAAAACAACCUUGCAAAUGGAGCAUUCCGAGAUGUUAGCGGUCAAGAGCUCAAGAGGCUUAUCACUGCCACCUUCGAUGACGGUCCAAAACGACAGCGCCUCCUUCAGGCCUUGUCCUCGCAGCAGUGAGUGUAGUGCACUAUUUAAAAACAAAGGAGAUCACAGCUCUCCUUUAGAAUUCGAGCAAACCCAAUACGGACUACAGUACAGCAUUACGGUACCAGCUUCAUAACACCACGGUGCUACAAUGAUGAUUUUUCAUGACCUCCCUGCCAUCGUGGAACCUUCGGUUGCUGCUCAAACAGCUCUCUUGGCUUCCAAUCUACACUGUGGUGGAUUAUUGUGACGUACUAAGACAUGUUCCUGUGCAGUUCCGCAAUAUAAGACAUAGCAAAAAGAUCACGUGUUGACGGUGAAGCGUCGCC